AUGACAUACUGCCUCGAUUGGCAGCCUCGCUCGACAAGUCACAAGAACUUUGGCUGCCAUCCUCAGCCGUAUUUCUCAUAUAGCUUGAUAUUUUGGGUAGAAGUCAAGGCCUUGGACUACCAUCGAUGCAUUGCAUUUAACAAAGGUGGCGAGAGUGCCGAAGACUCUGGUCACGAGGGUGCCGAAGAUUCUGGUCAUGAGGGUGCCAAAGACUAUGGUGACAAGGGUGCCAAAGACGGUGAUAAGACUCUCCUAUACAUUGUCAACGAGCAGGCUAUUUUCUCAUUCAAGUACUUCAGAGAUGUCCACUAUGCAUUCUUGAUGGUAGGAGGGUUCUUCACAUUGUUGAAGUAUAAAAGGCCGGUGGAACUUACGCCAUAUACGGGAAAGGACAAAGAGAGGGCAAUAUUGCAUAGCGACCAAGAGACACCACGAUCAGUCUUGUAA